UUUUGAUUUUAGUUUCGUUCAAGUUUUUCAACGAAGCGGUUGCUGAACCGUUGCCAGUUUCAAAAAGUGUCAAUCAAGUUGAAAAAUAUCAAAUUGUAAUUUUGACAGUUGCGAAAUUUAAGCUUUUCCAAACGCAAUACAAAAAUAACAAUAAAAACUUGUGAUAUUAUAACAUAAAACAAGUGAUUGAGCAAUUGUGAUCAUAUUCAAAAAUAAUAUUUGAAUAUGGAAACCACAGUUGUAACAACAACAACAACUACACAGGAAUUAAAGCGGAACAACGACACCAGCAAAAAGAAAAUAAAAAAUCUCGAUGGUCAACUAACUACGGAACUAACUACGGACGCCUCGCAUCAGUUUCCGGCUAAUGAGGAGCCCAAUGUGCUGGGACAUGGCCCAGAUUUCGAUGGUAAACUAUCCAAAUUUCAAUGGCUCUGCAACUUUGAUGAUGCGCCCAACCAUUUGAAGUUCAAUCCGUAUAUUCGUCGCGGCUAUCGCACAUUCCUCUCCAACAAACUGUGCCUGCAGAGCAUUUUUUGGUGGACCAACGAAACGGUCAAUAUCUGGAGUCAUCUGGCUGGCUGUAUACUCUUCAUUGGUCUGACCAUAUUUGAUUUGCAAUUUCUGCGCCAACAUGCCGAAUUCACUGAUCAGGUGCUUGUCGUCUGUUUGCUCGUGUGCUUCUGCCUCUGCAUGCUGAUGUCGGCCAUAUACCAUAUAUUCUCCUGCCGAUCCGAGGAGCACUAUGAGCUAUUUCUAUCGGUCGACUUUCUGGGCAUCUCCCUGUCCUUGGUUGCCAUCUACAUUAGUGGCAUGUACUACGCCUUCUGGUGUCAUACGUUUCUGCGUACCCUGUACUCUACAAUUGCGCUGGGCAUGUUCGGCCUGGCCAUCGCUGUGCAAAUACCUCAGUUGAAUGUGACGAUGAAUGGCAAGGUGGCUGUGCUGCUGCUCUGGUCAGCGUAUGGCAUUUUGCCGUUGGGCCACUGGGCAGUUGCGAUGGGUGGACUGGAGAACGAGCUGGUUGGUCUGAUGGUGCCACGGAUUGUUGUCAUGUAUUUGCUGUGUUUAGUCGCGUUCGUUUUCUAUGCGGGCAAGAUACCCGAGCGUUGGCUAACGGGCAAAGUGUGCUUUGUGGGCCACUCGCAUAAUUGGUGGCAUCUGAUCAUUGUGGCCGCCUUUUAUCACUGGCACAACACUGGCAUCGUCUAUGCCGAGUACCGCUUGAACAACGGCUGCAGUGCGCCACUGUUGGCCUAAUGGCCAAAACGGAAUCUAGUUGUGAAAUUGUAAAUAGCCUAGUUGCACUAAGAUUUAACUAAUAUUUAGUUGUAGCUGUUGCGAAAUAUUGUUAAUUUAUGUACAUAUAGACACAUGCUUACACACACACACACACGUACAACAACAAAAAAGACCAAUAGGUGUGUAUUUUAGGGUUGUCUGUUAGCCUACUUAUCACUCCAGUCGAGUGAAUUUGAGAAGCUGUUUUUUAAUUUUAUGGCCAUGAAGAAUUUUGAAUCUGGUUAAUUCUAUUUUAUACACAUAGAUACUUACAGUUUAUUAACGCGAAUUAAUAAAAGUACAAAAAAUAAUUAAA